GUUGGGACAGGUGAGUUUCUUUGAAUUGUCACUACUUUUGAUCAUAUCUCGUCAGCUUCUUUCUGGGGUUUUGAUCCUUUUGAUUCCUUCACAAACCCAUUACUCAAUAGUUUCAGGUGGAAUCUGUAUGUAGGCGAACUCCUCAUCAUUCUUCUGCUGCUCAAGAACUUAAAAUGGUGUCGAGAACUGUGGAUCUUCGUUCAGACACCGUCACGAAGCCAACAGAGGCGAUGAGGGCUGCAAUGGCGAGCGCCGAGGUUGAUGAUGAUGUAUUGAAAAACGACCCAACUGCGCUUCGAUUGGAAACAGAAAUGGCGAAGAUCAUGGGGAAGGAGGCGGCUCUUUUCGUGCCUUCAGGCACUAUGGGGAACCUCAUAAGUGUUCUUGUUCAUUGUGAAAUUAGGGGUUCUGAGGUCAUUCUUGGGGAUAAUUCUCAUAUCCAUAUUUAUGAAAAUGGAGGUAUUGCAACCAUUGGAGGGGUUCAUCCGAGGACUGUUAGGAACAAUGGAGAUGGAACUAUGAACUUGGAUUUGAUUGAAGCUGCCAUUAGAGACCCUCGUGGAGAGCUUGUGUUCCCAACUACAAGGCUUAUCUGCUUGGAAAACUCACAUGCUAACUGUGGAGGUAGAUGUCUCACUGCGGAAUAUACAGACGGGGUCGGCGAAUUAGCUAAGAAGCAUGGUUUGAAGCUUCACAUUGAUGGUGCUCGUAUUUUUAACGCCUCAGUUGCACUUGGUGUUCCUGUUAACAGGCUCGUGCAAGUGGCUGAUUCUGUAUCGGUAUGCCUAUCUAAGGGCCUGGGAGCUCCGGUUGGCUCGGUUAUUGUUGGUUCAAAAGCCUUCAUUACCAAGGCGAGACGGCUGAGGAAAACGUUGGGCGGUGGGAUGAGACAGGUCGGUGUUCUUUGUGCUGCAGCAUUGGUUGCAAUUCAAGAGAAUAUUGUAAAGCUUGAGGGAGACCAUGAGAAUGCUAAGAUUUUGGCUGAUGGAAUAAAUGGAAUCAAAGGAUUGCAUGUGGAAAGCCAUUUGGUUGAAACAAACAUAAUAUUCGUAGAUAUAAAAGAAAACACAACAAUUACAGGGGAGAAACUAUGCAAGAUCUUGGAAGAACAUGGCAUACUUGUAUUGCCAGAAAGUUCAUCGAGGAUUAGAAUUGUGCUCCACCACCAAAUUUCAACAUCUGACGUACAAUACACCUUAUCCUGCUUCCAGCAAGCAAUGGCUGGAGCAUUUACAGAUGAAACCGGCUUGUAAAUAGACGACAAGGUGCUCGACUCGAGCCUUUUCUCCAUUUCUCUUUAGAUGUACUUUCUCUGUGAUCUGUAAGUAGUCUGUUUAUGCCACACUAAUACAUAUCAAUCUCUGAAACAUCAUGACGAUCAGUAAUUUCUUUGUGAACUUCUUAAGAGUAUACUUAGCAAAUAUUCAUAGAACUUGUGGAUAACGUAGAGAUACUC